AUGAAAGGUAAACGUCGCACAAGUAUUGGAAGUCAUGAAAGGGAUGAUGACUGGAAAGAAUUCGAACUGGAGCACUUGGAAGUGGAGCCUGUGCUUGGGGAUGUAAUGUGGGUCAGGCGUUAUGAUGAUGGGUUGUGGUGGCCUGCAGUGGUUGUUGAUGACAACAAUAUCAGUGCGAGCAGUAAACCUCGCAAUAGAUCAAUGGGAGAUGUUCUUGUUAGGCUAUACGGAAGCUAUCAAUACUUUUAUGCUGAUCCGGUUAAAUGUCGUUCUGAGUUUGAGAUUACGCUCAAGGAGAAUGGUGGUUGUUACCAUGAAAUGUUUGUGGAAGCUUUAGAGCAGGAUCUCCCUCGAUCAAAAUCUGGCCGAUCAAAGGGGAAAGGAUCCAAUUCUAAAGGCACAUCAAAUGGAAGAGCUAGUGCUUCUAAAGAUAAGAGCUCCAAUCAAAAUCGAGUCAACUGCAAGAGAGAAUCCUCAACUCAUGCUAGGGUCUCUCCAAGGAAACAAAUCAAUGCGAAUACACCGGUAAGAAAGACGAAGGAUGACAAUUUUCUUUCUAAAAUUGUUGAGGAAGCAAUUAGUAAGGCCUCCAAUCAAGAUGUGUUGGAAAAGGAACUUAAAUUUGACAGCCCAAACACUAAAGGAAAUUCAAAAGGAACACCUAAGCAAGAUGGGAUGAGGAAUAAACUCAAAAGGAAUUGCACAAGUACCAAUGGACAAGCACAAACAAAAACCCCUGAUCAGGCAGAGAAGAAGAGACUUAAGCGAAAUAGUCAAAGUGCUGCAGCAGACACCAACUAUCAAAGCCCUGAGAAAGAUGAGGAGCGGGAGAAACAUGAGCUGAGCCCAAGCUCUGGUGGUGGAACAUUUUUUGGAAGGUUACAGGAAUUGCGGAGAACUAAAGUCAUGCAAACCCUCGGUCUAGUUGCCCCUUCUGGGCUAGACUCCAUCCCCUCGCUUAAAGAGGACGCAUUUGACUCAGAAGAUCCAUAUUGGCUGCUUUAUUGUUCAAAGAAGGGUGACAAAGAAGGAGUGCUAAAAGAGUUAGACAAAGGUGUGGAACCCAAUCUGGCCGAUUAUGAUAAGAGAACAGCUCUUCGUUUGGCACCCUGUGAAUGCCGCACUGAAGUCGGUCACACUCCUCUGUCAGAUGCUCCCAGUUUUGGCUACCAAGAUAAUUGCAAAAUUUUGGAAACUCGAGGUGGAGUAGAUCCAGUAGGACUUGAAAGCGAGACUCCAAUAUGCUAUAAGAUUAAUUUCUCUGAAGUGGUCAUUGAUGGUGCAACACUUGUAGGAGAAGGAUCAUACGAUGAAGUUUACUUUGUGAAAUGGGGUGGUAAAAAGGGAAGACUCGAUCAGCAAACAACAGCUGCUUAUGUUUUGGAUAUUGCAAGGGGCAAGUUUUGGAUAACACCAAGGAAUGUGUUACAAGAUGAGUCUGGGCACCUCAAGGUUACAGACUUUAGCUUAAGCAAAAUUGCACAUGAAAAGGAUGCCCAAAUUUACAAAAUGACUGGAGGAGUGGGUUCAUACAGUGGCAUCUGA